AUGGCCACCACGAUGGUCCAGCAUCACGGAGGCCUCGCGCCUCCAGCGGAUCAUUGGGCCAAGACCGCCCUCGGCGCCCUGGCCGCCCGGGCCACUCCAGCAGGGCCACUCCAGCAAGGGCCACUCCAGCAAGGGCCACUCCAGCAGGGGGCCACUCCAGCAGUGGUACUGGGCACCAGCUUCCCGAGCUAUGCCGUUAACCGCCUGGAUGCCUGUAAACCAGGCACCAUAUGCACCCAUACCUCCACCCAUGUUCUUUCCAAUGGCAUGCCCUCAAAACCAGCCGGCAACUCCUGCCCGGACUCCCGCUCCCCAAGCAGCGAUGCCCAUACCUCCGCCACCGCCACCAGCGCACUUCCCAGCACCACUCCCUCCCACGCAAGCGCCUUUGCAGGCACCCGAAGCACCGCCCACGGCACAUCAUGGCACAUCCAGCAUCCUCAAAGGAGCAAAACACACACAAGCCCCGGUGGGCAGACUUGUCGGAGGGGGCUCCUCGGACAAGUCUGCCCAGCGGGGCUUCUGUGUGCUUUGCUCGCUGUUCACGGGCUCAAGCCCCUCAGCUUUUUUCACCGCGGUCUGACCAGUGCCGGCCACAUUUGCUUUAUUGCCAGAUAG